CGAAGAAGACGACUUCCCGCGAGACUUCAUUCCGCGAGAAUUUGUUUCUUUGUGUGGCGCAGCUAACGUGUCCGCUUAGCUUAGCAUCGACGCAGCGUCUGUCAACGGCUCGAAAGAGGACAGAAUUCAGACCGAGUCACCUGAGCGGCCACCUGUGCAGAGGCAGCGAUCCACCUGAACGUCUCCAUGGCCCUAAGACGAGGACAGAUCAGGUACCUGAAGGUGUGUGAGGUUCAGUCGUCUCAGAGUGAUGUCAGAGACGGUCAGCACUCCUCCAAAGGAUCCUCUGGAAAGGAGCUGUACGAUAACGGCUACAGCGAGCAGAUGAUGGAGGACGAGGACGCCCGGACCAACCUGAUCGUGAACUACCUGCCGCAGAGCAUGAGUCAGGACGAGCUGCGGAGUCUGUUCAGCAGCGUGGGAGACGUGGAGUCGGCCAAACUCAUCCGGGACAAAGUGGCAGGCCACAGUUUAGGUUACGGCUUUGUUAACUUUGUUAACCCUAGUGAUGCAGAGAGGGCUAUCAGUACCCUCAAUGGCCUGAGGCUACAGUCUAAAACUAUCAAGGUUUCGUUUGCUCGGCCGAGUUCGGACACCAUCAAAGACGCCAACCUGUACAUCAGCGGCCUGCCGAGGACGCUGAGCCAGCAGGACCUGGAGGACAUGUUCUCCCACUACGGACACAUCAUCAACUCCAGGGUUCUGGUGGACCAGGCCUCCGGUCUGUCUCGGGGCGUGGCCUUCAUCCGCUUCGAUAAGCGUGCCGAGGCCGAGGAUGCCGUCAAACACCUGAACGGACACACGCCCCCCGGCAGCUCCGAGCCAAUCACGGUCAAGUUCGCCGCCAACCCCAACCAGGCCAGGAACUCCCAGAUGAUGUCACAGAUGUACCACGGCCAAUCGCGGCGCUUCGGAGGCCCCGUCCACCAUCAGGCGCAGCGAUUCAGGUUUUCUCCGAUGAGCGUCGACCACAUGGGCGGAGGGGGCGGAGUCUCAGGGAACUCGUCCUCGGGUUGGUGCAUCUUCAUCUACAACCUGGGCCAGGACGCCGAUGAGGCCAUCCUGUGGCAGAUGUUCGGGCCGUUCGGCGCCGUCGUCAACGUGAAGGUGAUCCGAGACUUCAACACAAACAAGUGCAAAGGCUUCGGCUUCGUCACCAUGACGAACUACGAGGAGGCCGCCAUGGCGAUCCACAGCCUGAACGGAUACCGGCUGGGCGACAAGGUGCUGCAGGUUUCCUUCAAGACCAGCAAGGGACACAAGUAGAGGGCUGUGGGCGGAGCCAGCGGGCGGGGGGGGGGGGGGCACUGAACUGUCGUAGUUUAUGUUUGUCAGUUUUCAGUUGGAGUUGAUUUUCUUUUGAGCAUGCUCGGUUUCUUUAUUACGUCGGGUUGCCGGUCCCUGAGGGCGGGCCGACGGGGUUAUUGACAGCUGCUGAAACGGAACCGGUUCUGAUGUUGGGUUUGUGUUUUGUGGAACGUUAAAGUGAAGCGUUUGGUUCUACAGACGGUCGCAGCCGCAGUCCGUUUCAACGGUUUAUUCAUGAAAAUGUGAAAAGCAGCAUGUGAGCUUUCAGUGUUGAUUGACAGCUGUCUGGGCCAAUAAGCAGUCAGGGGGCGGGGCUUCUGCUCUCUUGUAAACAGCAGCAGGUGAACAGGUAACUGUGACCUUUUUCAUUUGGAUUUUAUUUUUGUAUUGCAGCUUCAUUGUGAUGUUUAUUCAGUAAUAAAUCUGUUCAUGGAAACUA